AUGCCUCAAUGGUUCGACUUGUCAAUCUUAAAAAUUAUAAAUUCAGAACAUGGAACAGAUCGAGGAAAUGUUUUUUUUUUCCGUAAAAUGUCAAUCACUAGACAAUUUGUAGAACAAAAAAAAAACAUUGUUUGCUCCGUUGUGGGUUAUAUUACGGAGUGUCGUAGCUGUUUCAUAUGUCAUUACCUAAAUAGAUUUUGUGAUAUUCUGUCGAAACGAAUAGGGCAGAGAUAUUGUCAAGGCCUUUGUAAAUGUCCCAUUUUUAGUUGUCUAGCGGAGCGUACAGGUCAAGGAACUUUUUUAAGGAAGAGGAGAUAUGUUCGGUAUUUACUGAAACACUUUACAAUAUGGCUUAAGGAUUUUGUUGGAGAUGCCGAACAUUACUUUUACUUACUGGUUUUAUUUUUAAAUCCAUUAAGAAAAAAAUCAAAUCCUCUACAACUUGAAAGACGAAUUUGUUUUAUAAAUUUCGCAUAUUUACUUAUACCCAAAAAUCAUUUGACAUUCAAUUUUAUUUCAUGUACGUCGGAAAAUUGCAAGAGUGAAAUAAGUCGUUUAUACCACAAUGAAAAUCUGUUUAGGUCACUCGCAUCAAUGCCUCUGAAAACUCAUGCUUUUUUACUUUUACAUGUUUCCAAUGGAGAAUAUGUAGAUAUGCUCCUUGAUUUUAGUCAAUAUGGAUUUAAAAGCGCCUUGUUGGAUGUCCACACUAGCCUUAACACUUUUCUUUGCCUAAUAUCUGCUGAUUUAUUGUUUACCAAACCUGCCAGUGCAAUCCGCGUUAUGCACUACUUAAUGAAGAAUGAGUAG